AUGGCUAUCUCAUCUAUCUUUGGCGGUGGUUCUACAUCUGAUAGAAAGACUAUCCCUAAUACAACUGGUGGCGUUUCACAGAAGCUCAAAGAGCAAAUAUCUCAAGAACUUGCCAUCGCAAAUGCUACAGAAUUAGUUAAUAAGACUACAGAAAACUGUUUUGAGAAGUGUCUUACAAGUCCGUAUAAUAGUGGAAAUGAGAACUGUGUCGACCAAUGUUUGGCAAAGUACAUGAAAAGUUGGAAUACCGUUUCAAAAGCUUACAUAGCUAGAAUCCAACAAGCCUCUACUUCAGGAGAGAUUUAA